CGAGGUAAUGUUAAUGGAUGCACUUGUAAUGGUUGCGAUACGGACAUAGCCAGACGAGGACACUUCGUUGUGGCUUUUCGAUAGUUUGGUUAUGUCAUAAGACUUCAUCACAAUUUCAUGCUUUUUUAAAUGUUAGCUACAUUUCUCCAGCGCCAAAACUUCUCUCCAGACAUUUCUCUUGGCAUUAUCUACCGCCCAAAAUGAAUACUCUAAUCACCAAUACCUCUUCAACUACUCCCACCUAUACGCUGUCCUCUCAAUUUCCUCGGCCACCUCUGUCCUCUCAUAUAUCCGAUUUCCACCUUUCUCUCCUCCUCCCUGUUCUUGCAUACUGGUCUCUCUCUUUAUUCUGGUCUAUCAUCUCAUAUUAUAAUCUCUUUCCUACCUAUCGCAUCCACACACCAGCAGAAAUCCAGACGCGCAACCGUGCUACGGCUCGCGAAGUCCUCCGCUGUAUUAUCUUUCAGCAGUUAAUUCAGACAGCAUGGGGCUUGUUCUUGGGCCAUGUGGUCCUGGGAACUCAUGAUAUGGUUGGGACCGAAGAAUAUGACAUUGCGGUUUGGGUGGAUAGGGUUAGAAGUGGAAGUUCAUGGAUAGCAUGGAGCUUGAGGAUGGGGAUGACAGCCUUGGGAUUUGAUCUUGCGAGGUCAAAAACUUCGUUGCAUCUUCCUCUUCAUAUCCAUAUCGCCACUCCUGUAAGUCACCUCGUCGGAACUUGCAUCUUCAACAAGUCAGUCUUGUGCAAUGGCUGAUAAUUAUAAAAGGAUGGACAGAUUAUUGCAUGGGAUGUUGUACUCGCACAAGUGAUUUAUAGGGUUCUUGCUCCGGCCACCAGAUUCGGUAUUGCGAUAUUCUUCAGCGACUCCUGGCAAUACUUCUGGCAUCGUGCCAUGCACGAGAAUAAAUGGAUGUACCGUACGUCUGUGAACCCCCUCUCCAAUAAACCCCCACUAACCCAUUCCUUGCCACCAGGAAAUAUACAUUCCCAACACCAUCGCGUUAACGCUCCAUACGCCUUUGCUGCUUUUUACAAUACCCUCACCGAAGCCUUCAUUAUAGAUACCGUUGGAACCACACUCUCCUUCUUCUUCUCCGGACUCAGCAUGCGCGAAGCUAUGGUAUUUUCCACCAUCAGUGUCCUAAAAGGCGUCGACGACCAUUGUGGCUACAAACUCCCCUGGGAUCCUCUCCAAUGGCUAGGCGAACAAGGAACCGUGUUCCACGACAUCCAUCACCAAACUUGGGGCGCAGGUGUAAGUAGCUUUAUUUUUCCUCAUUCAUUCAUUCAUUGAUUUUAUUUCAUUUUCGUGGUCAUUCGAGUUAAAAUUUAACGUUUCGGAAUUUUUGUGCUGAUCGGUGAGAUUUGGUGAGCAGACGAAUUAUUCGCAGGUUUAUACAACGUUUUGGGAUCAUGUGUUGGGGACCGCUAGUAAAUUGAAUUCGGAUGAGAUGGAGAUACUUUAUAAGAAGGGACGGGAUGGGGCGCAACGCGCAAAGAAAGUCGAUUGAUUGAUUGAUGGUGGAAUGCAUAUGGGAGUUUGAAGUUGAAGGUUGAGGGAGGGUUUAGAAGUGUGUAGGCAGCGUUAAUGGAUGUUCGAAUUCAUGUGAGGAGAUUUCUUGGUAUGGUGAGAUAGCUAUGGGGUGUAAUAGUAGGAUUACUUUUGUGUCGAAUAUGGAUAUUGCAGUAUUCUAGUUUUGUACUUUAAAAUCAUUUUUUUUAUAAGUAAUUUAUAGUAAAGGUCU